AAGAAAAGGACACCCCCCCCCCGUACCUUCCUCCUCCUCCUCUUCUCCUUCUCCUUCUCCUCCUCCUCCUCCCCUGCCUUCUCUUCCUAUUGGUCCUCCCUCCCUCCCUCUCUGCUACAAACACAGAGAGAGGCAGGCAGUGAGAAGCUGAGAUUGUCAAAGCGCUCAGCUUUUCUCCCGGCGGGGCUGACCCUCCCCUCUCCUCUCCCCCUCCUCUCCUUCCUCUCUUUCCCUCCCCUCCCAACAUUUCUCCCCUAAGACCCUUCAACUGCAACCUGAAUUCUUUGGGGAGGGGAGGACUUUAAAGGGGCGGCGGCGGAGGGCUUAUUUAUUUAUUUAUUGCAAAAAAAAAAAAGAGAGAGAACCAACAACCACCGAAGGAUACCCCUACCAACCCCCUUCUCCACCGGAUUGCAUCCAUGCCUGCCGAACUCAAACAGGAGCAAAGCCCCAGCAACCAGACCUCCAUAGCAAUGAUGCAGGAGCCCCAAGAGAAGGUAGAGGAGACUGUGACCGUCGAAGAAGAUCCUGGUACCCCCACAUCUCACGUUUCUAUUGUGACUUCAGAAGAUGGGACCACCAGAAGGACGGAGACAAAGGUAACCAAGAUGGUCAAGACCGUCACAACUAGAACGGUGCGCCAAGUCCCCCUCGGUCCAGAUGGUCUCCCUACAAUGGACGGAUCCUCCCCCAUGGGUAGUUACACUGACUCCAUAGACAGAAGGCAGGUCAAGAACGGAGAGCGGUACAUCACCCCCCAGGCAUCGUCCACUCUGAACCGAGCUUACAACAGCUACAACGAUUCCUACCCAGAGAGUCACGAUGGUCAAUAUCGUUCCUUCGUAAGCCACAACGGUUACGGCGACCUGCCAGACAAUUAUGGAAGCUUGUCUCGGAGUGUCAAUUACCGUCCGCAUUAUGCCUACGUACCGGGGAACAAUUACCGGCCCGAGGAUGGUAGCUUCACUUUGCCCAGCAGGAGGGAUAACUAUGGACCUCUGGCCCAGCCUCAGGUGCCGACGGGCAGCAACGCAGACUUGAACCGCUCCCAGCCGGAACGGUUCCAACCAGAGCCGUAUGGGCUGGAGGAUGAUAACCGCAGCCUCGGAAUUGACGACGAAGGUUAUGAACUCGAUCCAGAGUACUCGACGGUGAAUAGGAGAACGUCGGCUGGGAUCCCAGACAGAGGCAGACCUCACAAGGGAAGCAGGAGCUAUGAGGAUCCAAUUGAGAGCGAAAUCGUCAACGAGCGGAUUCCCUACUUGCACGGCAGCUACGCGGCACCUUUGGCGCAACCCGAAAGGGGUAGCAUGGCCAGCAUCGACCGCCUGGGCAAGCGCUCCCCCUCCAUUGACAGCAUUCGCAAAGACCCCCGGUGGCGAGACCCGGAUCUCCCCGAAGUCAUCGCCAUGCUCAGCCACCCCAUCGAUCCCGUGAAAUCCAACGCAGCAGCCUACCUCCAGCAUCUCUGCUAUGAGAACGAUAAGAUCAAGAAGGACGUGAGACAUCUCAAGGGCAUUCCCAUCCUGGUGGGUCUGCUGGACCAUCCCAAGCCUGAGGUCCACCGCAAAGCGUGUGGGGCCCUCCGGAACAUAUCCUACGGGAAGGAUAAUGAGAACAAAGUGGCCAUCAAGAACUGUGAUGGGAUCCCAGCUUUGAUCAGGUUGUUGCGCAAGACGAGUGAUAUGGAAGUACGAGAACUCAUUACAGGCACUCUCUGGAACCUGUCAUCUUACGAACCCCUCAAAAUGGUGAUCAUUAACCACGGUCUUCAGACGCUGACCAAUGAAGUGAUCAUCCCUCAUUCAGGGUGGGAGAAUGAGCCGAACGAAGAUUCAAAGCCUCGAGACGCGGAGUGGAGUACAGUCUUCAAGAAUACGUCGGGAUGUCUGAGGAAUGUAAGUUCGGAUGGCGCUGAAGCACGUCGGAGACUCCGGGAAUGUGAAGGUUUAGUAGAUGCUCUUCUCCAUGCCUUGCAGUCUGCAGUCGGCAAAAAAGAUACGGAUAACAAGUCGGUGGAGAACUGCGUCUGCAUCAUGAGGAACCUCUCCUACCAUGUCCACAAAGAAAUUCCAGGCGCCGACAAGUUCCGGGAAUUAGAAAGUAACCCGCUGGGAAGUUUUGGAGUAACUCAUAAGAAAAAGAAAGACGACGCAGGCUGCUUCGGUGGGAAAAAAGCCAAAGGAAAGAAGAACGGCGAUGUGGACCGGAACUUUGAUACACUGGAUUUACCUAAACGAUCCGAAUCAGCAAAAGGUUUCGAAUUGCUGUACCAGCCGGAAGUCGUGCGGCUUUACCUCUCAAUUCUCACCGAAAGUCAAAAUUUCAAUACCUUGGAAGCAGCAGCCGGCGCGCUGCAGAAUCUCAGCGCAGGAAACUGGACAUGGUCUACAUAUAUCCGGGCAACGGUGCGAAAGGAACGAGGACUUCCUGUCCUGGUGGAGCUCCUCCAAUCGGAUUCGGAUAAGGUGGUGAGAGCGGUAUCCAUAGCCCUGCGAAAUCUCUCCAUGGAUCGCCGUAACAAGGAUCUCAUAGGUAGCUACGCCAUGGGGGAACUGGUAAGAAAUUUGCCUAGCCGGCAACAGCGAUCUUCAAAAAACCUUGAAGAGGACACAAUAGUUGCCGUCCUGAACACCAUCCAUGAAAUCAUUACUGACAGUUCUGAAAAUGCCAGGUCCCUGAUCCAGACGCAAGGCAUUCAGAAGCUGAUUGCUAUCAGCAAAUCCAGCCAGUCCUCCAGAGAAAUGAAAGCAGCUUCUCACGUUCUUCAAAUGACCUGGAGUUACAAAGAGUUAAGGAACGUUUUGCAGAAGGAAGGCUGGAAUAAAUCUCAUUUUCAGACUGCCUCAGCAACUACAAAGGGAUCCAAAAACAGCUCUUGUAAAUCUGGAUACGAUGAUAGCACGUUGCCCCUGGUGGAUAAAAGCCAAGAUAACGAGAAGACCGGAAGCCGGGAUAUGAUUCCAAUGGAUGAACUUGGGCCAGAUGGCUACUCCACCAUCGAUCACCGGGACAAGGAGCGGAAAUACAAAACCAACGACAACAUGGGAGACGCAUCGGAGAAAGAACCCUUAAAGAAUGACACAAAUAGGAAAACGCUUACCAGGAGCAACAGGCCUUCGGUGACUCUGGUGGACACACGAGAUACUAAGCCCCAGCCUGUUGACUCCUGGGUCUAACAUUGUGCAUGCAUGGGCUAAAAAUUCCAGCCGCUUGUUUUACGAUUCUUGUUGUCAUUGUUCCCCCUCGACUCAAAGAAGACUCAACAAACAAACACACACACACACACAGACACAGACACAUAAACACAAACACACAAAGGUUUGCAUUUUACCCAUCACUGCCAUUCUGACCGCAGAAUCGGUGAAACCAACCAAAGCGGAAGACUUUUUGAAGGUUGAGGAGAACAUUCCAUCCGCUUGUCUCUGGAGGGCUCGCUCGACCAUUCUGCUGUGGAAGAAAACCUCACCUUUCCCAUCCAGGAAAAGAAAAAAAGAAAGAAAGAAAGAAAAAAGAAGAAGAAGAAAAAGAAGAAGGCAAAACGGAAAAUGCAUCUCUCUCUCUGUGUCUCUCUCUCUCUGUCUCUCUCUUUCUCUCCACCUCCCGGCAGGAGGAAUCACGAUUCCUGAAAGAGAACGGCAAGUUCAGGCCAGCCGGAUUCGGUUCUUCAUGGAACUCUUCAGCGUAGAGGGUAUUGAGUUGGGAGGUGAAGGUCUAGAGAAGAGGAAGGGGAGGUGGGGGACGAAAAAGAAAUGAUAUGAUAAGUAUAGUUGUUAUAAGGCACUUUUUUCUCCUCCCUCCCUCCCUCCUUUCUAUCUUUCUUUCCUUCUUUCUCUCCCACCUCUUCUUUCCUUUCUUCCUUUCUUCCUUGCUUCUCUUCCUCCCUUCUCUCUCUUCCUUCCUUCCUUCUUUCUCUCCCUUCCCUCCUUUCCUUUCUUUAUUGCUUCCUUCCUUCUCUCCCUCACCUUCCUCCCUCUUUUUCUUGCCUUCCUUCUCUCCCUUCCCUCCUUUUCUUUCUUUAUUGCUUCCUUCCUUCUCUCCCUCACCUUCCUCCCUCCUUUUCUUGCCUUCCUUCUCUCCCUUCCUCCUUUUCUUUCUUUAUUGCUUCCUUCCUUUUUCCCUCUCCUCCCUCUUUCCUUCCUUCCUUCCUUCCUUCCUUCCUUCCUUCCUUCCUUCCUUCCUUCCUUCCUUCCUUCCUUCCUUCCUGUGAAUUUUUAAAAGAGAAAACUGA